AUGGACUCACGCAGACGGACGAUAUUAUCAUCGCAGCAGUCGCAGCACGUGCAGGAAUCAAACAUACCAGUCCCGCCGUCUGCACUCAAACAGAAAUCAAGAUAUCAGCUGCAGCAGCCACAGCGCUUAUCAACAAUACCUAGGCAUUCAUUAGCACAGUCUAAUAGCCAGGAUAACUUUAUGCCUUCUGCUUCACGUAACGAUGCUGGUAUAUACGGCAGGCAGUCACUAGCACCUCGUAUGCCGCCACCCAGCAUUCAAAGAUCAUCCGUUUAUGGAAGACAGUCAAUCGCUCCCUCAGCAUCACACCACCAAAUAUCUUCCUUCUUACCACCACCGCGUCCUUUACCACGUGAUCCACGCCCACUUAAAGACCGCAACUACAUCAAUGAGCUUAAGGAGCUUGUCCACAAACACCUCCUCGAAUGCGGUUAUCCAUUUCCAGUUACAGCGAAAACACUAACAUCGCCAACUACGAAAGACUUCCAAUCCAUGUUUAGAUUCCUCUACACGGAUAUACUCGAUCCUGCUUUCAUUUGGGCUAAAGACUUUCACGGAAAACCUCGUAAAUUCGAAGAGGAGGUUCUUAUGAUACUUCGGGAUUUGAGGUAUCCCGUUGCAGAUUCUAUUUCUAAAACUCAAUUACAAGCAGCUUCUGCGCAACAUAUCUGGCCUAGUAUGUUAGCAAUGCUUUCGUGGCUCGCUGAUAUGACGCGCACAAUGCAGCAUUGGUAUACACCUGAUGUAUGCGAUGAUCCUCAAUUAGCACAUCCCGCAGAUAUUUAUCCUCCUGAUAUCCCAAAUUGGUAUGAGAAAGUUAGCUACGAGUAUGCCUCAUCGACCUAUGUUGCUUUCCUCCAGAAUGAGGAUGAGUUUCCUAACGAGAAUGCCGAAUUGGAAGACAUCUACAAAAGACAGGAUGAUGAAAUACUCAAAGAGGUGGAAGAACUUGAGAAGGAGAACCAGAUUCUUCGCAAGGAUUUAGAGAAACUCGAACAAUCUCCUUCACCGCUAGCCGAAGCUACUGAGGAGUUACAAAAGAUGAAAUCUGAUAAAGGGAAAUUCAAACAGUUGAUUCAGCAUUUCGAAGAGAAAAAGUCAAAGACGGAAACCAUCAUAAGCAAAAUGCAAGCGGCGGUUGAGGCACUUGAGAAGGAGCUUAACGAGCAGGAAGCUGAGAAUGACAAGGUCAGCAAACAGGUAGAAGCGCAAAAUCUCACGCCUGAGGAAAUAGACCGGAUGAAAUCAACACGCGUGCAGCUCUCCGACACGCUCGACAAACACCGUCAACAGAUUGAGAAAAUAAAGAAAUCAAACUGGGAUUUAGAAAUAACUUCUACAAAAGUAGCAGAUAAUCUCGAGAGCGUUGUGAAAACAUACACGGAAUUAUGCGAGAGGAUUGGUAUAAUUCCAGGUCCACCACCGGAAAAGUACAUGAACAUUCAAUUUGACUUGGACUACAGUAGAGCAGCAGCUACGCCUUCGGAGAUGUUCUCAUCAACUGAUAUAAAAGGUGCAAUCAAGAAUGCUCUAAUUGGAAUGAGGAAAGAUGCAACAGAUAAACACGUCGAGGUGGAGAAUGACAACAUUAUCUAUGCGGAGGAUUUGCAGCGCGCUGAAGAGCUUGUCGUUGAAUCACAAGAAAAAGUUCAAGAUAUACAAGCUAAAUUGGAGACAACCAAGUCACAGACUGAUGAUGAAAAGUCACGGAUGCAAGCUGAAGUGUCAGCAUCUAACACAGAAAUGAGAGAAGCUGAACAAUUGCUACACGACGCUCAAGCUAAUGCACGCAAAGGUGUACUUGCACUCGAUCAACGCUACCAAUCGCUUAUGUUUCAGUAUGACAAUUUGCUCUCUACUACACAAAAUACACAACAGGAGCUAUCACAAGAGAUUGUGUCUAUCGUCACUGAAAUAAUCAACCUCAAGCAAUACGUCGGUCGCGUUCUAGAAGAUCUUCAGAAAUUUGUCGAGGAGAAUUAA